GAGCACCGUGUUCGUAUGUGUCGCGAGCGGUAACACGGAUUGUUUUGAUUCCUGAGCAGAGGACAGACGCAACACAGACACACACACACUACUCUACACACAAACAACAGCAUGUCGAUGAUGACGAUGACGAAGGCGACAACGUUUUUGCGUUGACAACCUAUGUCUUGACUUCUUUUCCCCCCCAAUAACGGACGACCUGAGCAAUCAGGUCAUAACAACAACAACAAGCUGAAAAAAAGGAAGACCAAGAAAAAAACGCGAACGCACACAUGAAAACGUAUAAAAAAAGACCAAAAAAUAAAAUUAAAAAAAAAAAUAAAAUAGAAAAAUUAUAUUUGGUCAAAAUAGUUUCAAAAAUUAAAAGGCAAGAGAUAAAUUUUAAUAGAAAAUAAAACCAAAUUUGGAGUUUGGUGUUGGUGUUGAUGAUGAUGAUGAUGACGACAAAGUUAUUGGUGAAGAAAACGGCAAUUUUGGAGAUAUUUGUUUCUUGGUCCUAAUUUUUGAGUGUUUUAAAGUUGAAGCAAAUGAAUAAGAAUAAGUGUUAAACAAAGAAAAAGCAGCAGCAGAAGAACAAGAAGAAGACAACAACGAAGACAACGACUACGACGAAGAGGAGGAAAACUGUUUCUAUAAUGUAACUCCUUCGAAAAAAGAAAUCAAAAUAAAUAAUUAAUUUCCCCAAGUAAAAUCAAUAAAAAUGGACAAAAUGCAAUAUAAUUUUUUAAGAACAAAAAGCAACAAAUCAUAACAAUCAUAAAUAAUCCGCAGAAAAAUAAAGAACUCAAAAACUCUUAGAAAAAAAAAAUCAGCAUGAAGAAAUUAAAGCAUAAUCCGAAAGAAAAUUUUAUUUAAAAAAGAAAAAAAAAACAACCAGGAAAAGGCAAAGAAUUAAAAUGCCAUGGUAACCCUGUGAAUAAUCCCCACAAAGAAGUAGUGAUUUACAAAGCAGCAAAGAAAGCUACAAAACUAAAUUGGAAUAGAAUUAAAUGAUAAACCUAAACACCCUGUGAUAUAAAAGUUGCACUAAAACUCAUCUCUACUAGAUUUAAGUAAAAACAACAACAGCCGCAAUAAAACCAAAGAAUCAACAAAAACUACAAAAUAAACAUCAGUCAACUUAAAGAAAAUCCUCCAGUGCGCUAUUUCGCUCUACAUUUUUGCUCUUAAACUCUCAGUGUAUGUGUGUGUCUAUAUCUCACUCUCGCCCGCUAGCUCUCUCUCGCUCUCUCUUUAUCGCAAACUUGGAGUAAUAACGCUGCAAAACUUUUACUCAGCCCAACUAAGCGCUCUUUUGAUCUCUCAGUUAGCUCAGAGGAGAUAAAAAACAAACAUCAAGUAAUUAAACCCACGCUUAAAAUACAAAAACUAAACUUUUAAAUUAAUAACAACAAAAACAAAAAUUAGCUUAGUUUUUAAGCUUAGACUUAGACUUAACAAUAAAAAAAUAAUACAACUUAACUACACACACACACACUCAAGCAAUUAACCUCAAACAAUGGGUGAUGAGCUGGAAAUUCGUACCCUGCGCGAGAAAUUGCUCUUUUAUACGACUGCCUUUUUCAUACUGCUUGGUACCUUUAGCAUGUUUGCUUUCCUCUUUUUGGUGCCGUUCGUCAUAGAACCGGCCUUCACCACGAUAUUCAUGCAAUUCGAAGAGGUACCUGCGCUGUGUGAAACUUCCUCGACGGUGGAGCGUGCCGGGGCACGCAACUGCAGUUGGUCGUCAUGCCGCGAGGGCUGCACCCGAGAAAUAUUCGAGUGUACCCAGAUUAUGGUCAACUAUCGCCUCAAUUUGUACAACUAUACGGAUGAGUUCAAUUUCACCGAAUACCACAUCAACCUCAAGGAGGCUGAGAAAGUGAUUCCGCCCAAGAAGCGCACAGAUCGUUAUACGAGAGCGUUGCGCGACUACGAAUAUGAUUUGGGCAUGCACGAGGCCAUGGCCGCCAUGGAUGAGGGUGGCGAUGGCGGGGGAGGAGGAGGAGGUGGCCUCAUGACCAUGGAGCAUCUGAACUUUGGCGAUGAGGAUGGCUCCAAUGGUUUCCUCAUCGAAGACUCCGGCCUAGACUCUGAAAACGCUCUGAUCACCGCCGAUGACAGUGAUGUGUUCGAAGAGAUCUCCGAGCUGAACCGAGGCCUUAUGAGUGGCAAUGACAGCAAAUACUUUUUUGUGGGCGCCCAUUUGUAUCCCAACGUCAAGGGUUGCGGCUAUCCGCCCGUUCUCAACUGCACCAUUUGGUUGAAGCGCUACAAGAAGCUGGGCGUCAAGUUUCCCUGCUACUAUUCCAAAGUGGAUCCUAGUGUGGUCAUCAGUGAUCUGGACUACUGGCAGAACACUCUGAAUCUGGUGUACUCGAUGGCCAUACCCAUACCCUCCUUUAUCAUAUCUGUGAUCUAUUUGACAUAUGCCUAUUUCAAAAUCUACAAUGAGGACGAGGAGACGGCACCGCUGGACAAGAAUGCCGAGGACAUGGACAUCGAUGAUGAGGGUGUGGAUGACAGUGAUGGCGCCGCUCUGGCUGAUAAUGUGGCGGGCAGUCAGGUGAUAAAUAUGCACGACUCGACGACGGGUGAGAGUUGUAUUGUCGACGGCAUACUGCCCAAUGGUGGCCCGGGCAUGACCAACUCAAUAUCACAGCCUGGCUCGGUCACAACACCCGGCCAAUAUCGUGUUCACACACCAGGUUCGGUGAUGACACCGAACUCAGACAUGAAUUCAUUCGGUCAUCAACUCAAGGUCCAGAUGGCCGAUGAACUGUCGAGGGAUUCAUUGGACAAUGGCAUUAUAUCCACAUCAAAUUCAGUGCAAGGGAAUCUGAGUAAAACUAUGACGACGAGCAUCUCCACACCGCCUGGGCCUGUGGCGGCCGUAUAAAAUAGAGAUGGGCCCGCGAGGAAGCCAAUGUUGCAGCCAAUGAAGCACGUAGGCAAUGCCGAAGCUAACGGCGAUGUCGAUGUCGACGUCAAUGUCGACCCCAAUGUCGAUGACGACAAAGAUGACUGGAGUUGUAAUAAUAUUAUUAAAAAUAAUAACGGUAUGAAUAUAGCAGCAAACAAUUGUUUUUGGAACAAAAUCCAUAAAUGGAUUAAAAAGAUUAAAAUAAAAUUUUGGUUAAAAAAGAAACCCAAAUAUUCUAGAAUAGUGCAGGAUAUGCAAUAAAUCUAAAACUAAUAAAAAAUUCAAUAAAAAACACACACACACACACACACAUACAAACGAAACAAGUCCAAUUCCAAUCCCCGCCACUCCAAGCAAGCUACUAAUUUAUAGAAAUAAAAAAAAAACACCAACGAUAAUCGAAAGUCCUUUUUGUUUGUCCCCAGGAUACUUACUUACUGACUUCUUUCAAAAGAGCAUUGCCAUUCAAUUCAGAUAUUUUUCAUUUUAUCAAAAAACAAAUCCAAACAAACUUCAUGUCAAAAACAAUCGUAAACUAAAGGCAAUUCAUUUCUAAAGGCUUUUAAGUGAAAAUGAAACGCGCAUGCGUGGAGUGUUACCCCCAAAUACCUCCAGAUAACCAAAAAAAAACAAAACAAAACAAAAAGCAAACAAACUAAGAACAACAACAACAAUUAAUUUUUAGAUUAGAUUAUAACAAGAAGAAAAAAAAACAACAACAAAUUAAUCGAACGAUACGUAGCAACAAAUUUCUAAAAUUAACUAAACAAUUUACAAGAAUAUUUUUAAGCUUUUUCUACUUAACUUUAUUAGGCCACAUCACAGACAAUUUAUUGCUCUAGCCGAACGUAGAAUAGAUAACCUAGCGUCUCAAUCUUUUGCGCUUCUUCUCCAAUCUCUGACAUUCAGUUUUGAGAUGUCGCUCUCCGCUUGAUCACCCUGUUAGAGUUUUGGUCUUCUCUUUUUGCGUUUUAUGUUCAUCUUCAAAAGACUUCUCGACUGGAGCUUCUUCAUUCCCUCUAACAACAUGACCAACGCCCCGAGUGAAAUAAAGUUGAUAUGGUGAGAUCCAAUUAUAUCUGAUGCCAGAUAAUGGUUAUACAUAUAAUUGGAUCUAACUGUAUCAAAUAAGAUCUAGUUGGAUGCAAUUAGAUACAAUUGUAUCUCGAAUUUGCCCGAGAUAUAAACAGAUCCAAUUAUAUAUAAUAAUAUAUUGUAUAAAUGGCCGGGCCGAAUCUUAUAUACCCUCCACGGUAGAUAGCAUUCGUCGAGUUCUUUUCCCGAUAUCUCCUUUUAGGCAAUAUUGGAGCUAUCUCAAGUUCUCAAGUUAUAGUCCGAUUCGGACCAUAAUUGAAUUGAAAGUUGGAGACCGUAGUAGAAUGUGUAAAAUUUCAGCCAAUUCGAGUAAGAAUUGCGCCCUUUAGGGGCUUAAGAAGUAAAAUAGAGAGAUCGGUUUAUAUGGGAGCUGUAUCAGGCUAUAGACCGAUUCGAACCAUAUUUGACAAGUAUGUUGAAGGUCAUAGGAGAAGCCGUUGUUCAAAAUUUCACCCAAAUCGGAUAAUUACGCCCUCUGGAGGCUCAAGAAGUCAAGAUCCCAGAUCGGUUUAUGUGGCAGCUAUAUCAGCUUAUGGAUCGAUUUGAACCAUUUUUGACACAGUUGUUAGGAGUCACAACAAAAACACCUCAUGCAAAAUUUCAGCCAAAUCGGAUAAGAAUUGCGUCCUCUAGAAGCUCAAGAAGUCAAG